ACUGUUCAUUCAAUGACGUGUUGAAAUUCUGAUAUUUUUUUUUUGCUGAGCUAUUAAAUAUCAUUUGAAUAGAAUAGUUUUGUUCGAAAAGUUCAUGGUUUAUUUUAGUUAUAUCUGAAAUUUUGAAUACAUCAUAUUCGUAAAAAGAUGUCUGGAACAAAUGUCAACGAACCGCAAUUUGUUUCUGUGGGUAGCCCAUUGGGUCCUGUUGUAAAUGAUGGCGAUCCAUCAUCAUCAAAAACAGCAGCAUCAUCAUCAACAACAACUGGAUUCAUGAACAAUUCAAAUUCACUUGGUAUGGAACCAUUGGGUGAAUUAGAUGGUGCCAUCAAUAAUCUAGCGAUGAGUGCCAAAUAUAAUCUUACACAAAUGAGUUUCAAACAAUUAUUAUCGGAUCGUUGGUCAAAAUUACAAAGCUGGGGAUCAUUUAUCGAUACUAGUCGUAUGAUGUUACCGAUAUCCAUUCAACAAUGGUCAAAACGUCUAGUAUCAAAUUUUAAACAUUUUCAAAGCAAUUAUUUGUUUGUUUUCAUCAUUCUUUGCAUAUAUUGUAUUUUGACAUCACCUUUAUUAUUACUUGUGAUAUCUGCAAUCGCAGCUGCAGGUUAUAUAUUAACAUUGAAAAAUGCUGAACGUCCAUUGAAAUUAUUUGGAAAGAAAUUGAAUCUUGGCCAACAAUAUCUUGCACUUUGUAUUUGUUCAUUACCGUUGCUGUAUUUGGUCGGUGCUGGUGCUGUAGUAUUUUGGGUGAUUGGUGCUUCAUUAUUUGUGAUAACAUUACAUGCAUCAGUUUAUUCUAUUGAAAAUGGUCUACAAAAUUCACAACAAUCAUCAUCAUCAUUAGUUGAACCAUUUGCAUUCGAAAUUCAAAGUGUUUAACCGAAAAAAAUGAAUAUAUUUCUCAGAUUAUUUAUUGAUAAUUUUAAAAAAUCACUUGUUCCAUUUUUGAAUGUAAUC